AUGCAGCGAAACAGAGAACACUGCAGCCCCGUCGGAACGGAUUCACACCAAGAUGAAACCACACCGCUGGAAUCUCCUGCCUCAUCAUCGUCAUCUUCUUCACAGGGAAGAGUCAGCAACGAGGGGCAUGGGGUUCACAAGGAGGAGGUCAUACCACAUAAUCCAGACAUGGGGGCCCAAACUAACCCCGCCUCAGACCACCAGACCAAAGUGACUGUCCCUGUCAAACUGACCCCAGACCAGGUCACGGACACUCCUGUCGUAGUGGCUGACACUCACCCUGUUCAGGUCAACGCCACUGUACAGGAUGCAGACUACAAGGCAGUUGAACCAUGUUCAGCUUAUGACGUGGUAAAAAACAGAAACGUUGGUGGUACUCGAGAAAGUCCUGGUCUCAAUGUCGAUCCGGAUUCUCAUGUGGCCCAGAAGGCCUCCAGCACAACAACAUCAACAACAACCACACAAAGCCCCACAGUAGUACAACUGGCUGACUCAGAGAGAGAGGCCGCGGAGGAGGAUAUUGAGGCCUUGAACAGGAAGAAAGAGAAGAGGAUGAAAGCGUUAGGAAAAAGGAUGGAAGAGAGGAAACAAAAGCAGAAGAGAAAGAAGGAGGAAAAACAUAGGCUCUUAGCAGAGGGUGAUGCAGUUCCACAGGAUGCCACAGAGCAGACUGGUCCUGCCACAGAGCAGACUGGUGCUGCCACAGAACAGACUGGUCCUGCCACAGAGCAGACUGGUCCUGCCACAGAACAGACUGGUCCUGCCACAGAGCAGACUGGUCCUGCCACAGAGCAGACUGGUCCUGCCACAGAGCAGACUGGUCCUGCCACAGAGCAGACUGGUCCUGCCACAGAGCAGACUGGUGCUGCCACAGAGCAGACUGGUCCUGCCACAGAACAGACUGGUCCUGCCACAGAGCAGACUGGUCCUGCCACAGAGCAGACUGGUCCUGCCACAGAACAGACUGGUCCUGCCACAGAGCAGACUGGUCCUGCCACAGAACAGACUGGUCCUGCCACAGAGCAGACUGGUCCUACCACAGAACAGACUGGUCCUGCCACAGAGCAGACUGGUGCUGCCACAGAACAGACUGGUCCUGCCACAGAGCAGACUGGUGCUGCCACAGAGCAGACUGGUCCUGCCACAGAGCAGACUGGUCCUGCCACAGAGCAGACUGGUCCAGAGCAGACUGGUCCUGCCACAGAGCAGACUGGUCCAGAACAGACUGGUCCUGCCACAGAACAGACUGGUCCUGCCACAGAGCAGACUGGUCCUGCCACAGAGCAGACUGGUCCUGCCACAGAACAGACUGGUCCUGCCACAGAACAGACUGGUCCUGCCACAGAACAGACUGGUCCUGCCACAGAACAGACUGGUCCUGCCACAGAACAGACUGGUCCUGCCACAGAGCAGACUGGUCCUGCCACAGAACAGACUGGUCCAGAACAGACUGGUCCUGCCACAGAACAGACUGGUCCUAUCACAGAACAGACUGGUCCUGCCACAGAGCAGACAGACAUGUCAAUCUGGCAGAACCAGGCAGAACCAGAACAGGCAGAACCAGAGGUAGGCUGGUUGGCUGCUCUCAGAUCUCAUGCAGCCUCCCUCUCACAGUCCCAUCAACAGAACACAGCGGAGUCCUCUGAGAAAACUACAGAACGCAGAAGCUUCCAGCCUUUGGAGCCUCUGGUGUCUCCUGUGGCAGAGUUCCAAUCCCCCUCUGAAGAGACCCCUACCCCACUGGCUCCAGCAGAGACCCCUACCCCACUGGGUCCAGCAGAGACCCCUACACCACUGGGUCCGGCAGAGACCCCUACCCUGCUGGGUCCAGCAGAGACCCCUACCCUGCUGGGUCCAGCAGAGACCACUACCCUGCUGGGUCCAGCAGAGACCCCUACCCUACUGGGUCUUGCAGAGACCCCUACCCUACUGGAUCAGGCAGAGGCCCCUACCCUACUGUGUCAGGCAGAGACUCCUACACUACUGUGUCAGGCAGAGACCCCUACCCCACUGGGUCAGGCAGAGACCCCUACCCCACUGGGUCAGGCAGAGACCCCUACCCCACUGGGUCCAGCAGAGACCCCUACCCUAUUGUGUCAGGCAGAGACUCCUACACUACUGUGUCAGGCAGAGACUCCUACACUACUGGGUUCGGCAGAAACCCCUACCCUACUGGGUUCGGCAGAGACCCCUACCCUACUGGACCAGGCAGAGACCCCUACCCCACUGGGUCAGGCAGAGACCCCUACCCUACUGUGUCAGGCAGAGACUCCUACACUACUGGGUUCGGCAGAAACCCCUACCCCACUGGGUCAGGCAGAGACCCCUACCCUACUGGACCAGGCAGAGACCCCUACCCCACUGGGUCAGGCAGAGACCCCUACCCUACUGGACCAGGCAGAGACCCCUACUCUACUGGGUCAGGCAGAGGAAGCUACCCCAGUAAGACAAAAAAAGAGGCAGACAGAGGAGCAACCAGCCCAUGAAAAAGAGACCCCAGGACAGACAAUUAGCGGGUCCUCCCUGACAGAGGCUGAGCAGACUGAGGAGAGGAGUAAGCCUCCUUCUUUCACCUCCUCCUCCCCACCUCCUCCCCCUGCCACCUCCUCCCCACCUCCUCCCCCUGUCACCUCCUCCCCACCUCCUCCCCCAGCCACAUCCUCCCCACCUCCUCCCCCAGCCACCUCCUCCCCACCUCCUCCCCUUGCCACCUCCUCCCCCUCCUCCUCCCCCUGUCACCUCCUCCCCACCUCCUCCCACGUCUCCUGGACAAGUCUUCCAGUACCCUCCUGCCCGCCCUACCUACCUCCAGGAAGAUUUCCCCACCCCUCCUCCCACUCCUCAAGAGAGGCUGCCCCCAGAGCUCCAGUCGACUGAGCCCGACACACCACUUCCUGCAUCCCCCCAGGCUCCAGCGGAAGCCCCAGAAGCUCAGGCUUCUCCCCCACCAGGCCAGGCUUCUCCCCCACCAGGCCAGGCUACUUCACCACCAGGCCAGGCUUCUCCCCCACCAGGCCAGGCUUCUCCCCCACCAGGCCAGGCUACUCCCCCACCAGGCCAGGCUUCUCCCCCACCAGGCCAGGCUUCUCCCCCACCAGGCCAGGCUUCUCCCCACCAGGCCAGGCUUCUCCCCCACCAGGCCAGGCUACUUCACCACCAGGCCAGGCUUCUCCCCACCAGGCCAGGCUUCUCCCCCACCAGGCCAGGCUUCUCCCCCACCAGGCCAGGCUACUCCCCCACCAGCCCAGGCUUCUCCCCCACCAGGCCAGGCUACUUCACCACCUGCAGCUCUAGCAGCAACCCCAGUUGUCCCGCCUCUACCUGUACCGACACCCUCUGAGAGUCGGGACACCACACUCACCACCACUACAUUCGCUGAACCCCUGACAGAAUCCCCAGCCUCCCUACCUCAACCUCCACCCCGUGAAGAGGACACCAUCUCCACCCCUGCACCCUGUGACCCCUGUGACCCUACACCCAGGUAUGGUUACCACUCUGUUGCUAUAUUGGACCAGUGUCAUAUACACCUACAGUACCAGUCAAAAGUUUGGACACACCUACUUAUUCCAUGGCUUUUUAUUUUAUUUUGUUUAAUAAUAGUGAAGACAUCAAAACGAUG